AAGAGGGAACGGGAAUGGGCAGGCUGUAGAGUAGGAGCGGCAUUUGGUUCUCCGUAUCGGAGCACACCAGUUAUUUGAAUGGACGCGUGUUCGUCAGACGCACUUUUGAACUUCGAGCUCCAGUAAUAUAGUAUUAAAGUGAUAUAACAACGCUACACAGCAUAUACGGGAACGUGACUAUGGAGGGGGGAAUCGCUAUCUUAUGUUUAUCGGUUGCCAUGUUUUUUGGAUGUUUAGUAAUCGGCUGGAUUCCACUCUUAAUCAAACUUUCUGAUCGAAGCCUACAAAUUGUCGCGAUCCUGGGAGCAGGUCUCCUGUGCGGGACAUCUCUGGCGAUCAUCAUCCCAGAGGGAACCGACCUUCUCCAAGAUACAUGGAAAGCCUCUGAAACCGCACUUGUUCAAAACAACAGCAGUGGGACGACGGUGGUGUCGUUUGCCAACAGCAUCCCCUCUCGUUUCUACAUCGGCUUAUCUCUAGUGUUCGGUUUCAUCUUCAUGUUUGUGGUGGAUCAGCUUAACCUCUACUUCUCCACGGCGACGCGCGGUUCAGGAUGCAUGCCCAACAACAGCGGCAUCACUGCAUCCUUGGGGCUAGUGAUCCAUAGUGCAGCCGACGGCGUGGCACUGGGGGCGGCGGUGGCCUCUCCCGACAUGGCGGUGCAGGUCAUAGUGUUCGUGGCUGUCAUCAUGCACAAGGCCCCGGCGGCGUUUGGCAUGGUCUCCUUCUUGAUCCACAUGGGGGUGAACAAGAGGCUGAUACAGGGUCACCUGCUGGCCUUUUCGGCCGCUGCUCCUAUUUUUGCCAUCUGCACCUACUUCAUCUUGACCGCGGUGGGUGGUUCUACCCAGAGCCGACUCACUGCUACGGGCGUGGGCAUGCUGUUCUCAGGCGGGACCUUUCUGUACGUGGCCACCGUACACGUUCUCCCCGAGGUCAGCUCGGGCCAGGGACACCACCUGUCGCCCGGGGACCUCCAGCACCUGACGGAGGCUGUCGCUGAACCCAGGGGGCCGAUGGGUCUCUUGGAGAGUCUAACCUUUAUCGGUGGAGCAGCCAUUCCUGUUCUGCUGGCGCUCGGGCUGCAGGACGACUGAUUCAACAUCCUAAGAGAAACAAUGUGCUAGUCUACACCUUAAAGGCAAAUCAAGCAUGGCUUUGACGCUAGGGGAAUUGACUUGAAUGAGAGCUCUGGGAAACUUCUCUCUUAGAUAUGCUGUCUGAAUGACCAUCCCGCAUUUCAUUACCAGGCUGGAAGUGUGUCUCAUCAGUAUCAAGUUUUUUUUUUCCAUGGUGCGAUGUGAAAGGAAGACAACAUUUCUGGGACAUGGCAUUCUGGAUGUAAUCCUAGCUCAUGUGUGAAUACCAGGAAGGCAGAUUUUGUACUGUGUCAAUAGGAUCCUUGGAUGUAGUCCACUAUCUUGAUGUUGCACCCUCUAAGAUAACACUGAUGAAACAUAAACUAGGUCACAGGUUUUUUCACAUUGUUUGUUUCUUAUAACAUUCAGCUGGAUAGCGUACACAGUCUGUACUGUACAGAUAUCAAAUAUCAAUAUGAAUCUAGAAUACACUGUGUGUGGGGAGUGUUCUGAAGAGUCAUAUGUCUGGGGUGAGAACGGUCUACCCUGGACCAGGGGGCGGGCAGUUAACUGAGUGAUGGCAGAUUUCAGCCAAUCAUCUUCUCCGUAGUGUGGUUUAGCUUUCAGGAAGUUCUUUGAAUAACUGUAAAUCACACAAAAAGUUUGCUAGCAAUGUCUUAAUUGAAAUGGCCCAAUGUUAGCUUAGUUUAAAAUUCAUUGCCAAUGUUUAUUAAAUGUACUUUAUUCAAAAUGUAGUAUUUGCAAGAAAUAUCUUUUAUAAAGAAAAUAAAUCAUUGUAAUACACAUAUUUGCCUGAGUCAUCAAGCCUUGUGAUGGCUCUGUAUGAUCCAAGCAAUUCCUUCAAAACCCUAUUGUGUGUGCCUCAAGACUGACUUGUUUGGACAACCAUGGGGCUAAACUUGGUUUAACCAGACAUUUUAUUAAGGAAUUGCAUUUCUUAAUAUUAAAUCUAUUACAUUUAGUCCAAUUGCUUGGCUUCAUGAUCCCAUUAUAAACGAAAGUUUCUCCAAGUAGCCAAAUCGUUCGGCCACUAACCAAAAUAUUUCCCCAGUAUUAAGUCAUGAGGACUGUUCUAUGCAUAAUACUGUGAUACCCAAUACAACAUGGCCUAAUACGUGCUUGUGUCUGUUGCCUGCUUAUAGGCAAAAAGUUAAAAACUGAAACAAGUAAAGCCAGUUCAGGGACAUUUACACAUGGAACGGCUGAUGAUGUCCCAGAAGUGCCUUGAUAUCUUUUACCAGCAAUGUCAGCGAUAAAUGUGCUGACGACAGUUGAAGACCUGUUUUUUUUCAUAUAACAUAUUUCCGUGUACCAGUGACCCUCUGUGAACCUCCAUGUGAUGAAUAAAAACAAACAAAUACAGA